AUAACUGUAACUCAGCUGGGAUUUGCUGUCCGACUCGACAGGCCACUGUAAUUCAUGGAUGUGAGGUGGGUCUGCUCACUAAUCUCUGCCUGCUAUUAAACCUGGAGAGCUGUCCGCGCUCAGACCGUCCGGCGCGCUGCUCUCUGCUGCAGCUCUCUCCACCAACACCGUCCGCUUCUCAUCACUGAGAUCACCUCCAACUUUAGAGGAGCUGUUUGACUCUUUGGAUCUAACAUAAAGAAACGGAUCUUUUCGGUUUUCUCUCCGUUACGUCCAUCAUUCACGGAUAUGUGGUGGAUGCUGUUCCCGCAGUGGAUCUGGUUUCUUCUGGGACAAUGUUUGACUUCGCUCCUUCAUCCGGACUCCAGAGUGAGCGCGAUGCCCAUGCCCAUGUCUGUGGCAAAGGUGGUGUACUCUCAUGCAGGUCUGUGCCCCAAUGACCUGAACCCCAACCUGUGGGUGGAUGCCAUGAGCACCUGCAUGCGUGAGUGUGAGUCUGACCAGGUGAGCUGAAAUGUAGACUACAGCUGAGAGGUGUUCAUGUGCGGUCUGUUAAAUGUUCGAACAACAUCUGAUGCGUUCAAAACCGUCAGAAAUGUCAGUUUGCAGUCAGAUCUGAUCAAACAGGAGAAUCAGUGUUUUAACUUGAUGAUUAUUAUUGAUUUUUUAAUGAUUAAAGUUCAGACUCUUCAUUCCCUCCUCUCCUCUCCUGCUGCAGGACUGUGAGUCCUUUGAGAAGUGUUGUCCUAACGUCUGUGGAAACAAGAGCUGUGUGGCAGCGCGCUACAUCGACAUCAAGGGGAACAGGGGCCCCGUAGGAAUGCCGAAGGGCGCCACCUGUGACAAGUUCAUGUGUUCACAGCAAGGCUCCGAGUGCGACAUCUGGGAUGGACAGCCUGUUUGUAAGUGCAGAGACCGCUGCGAGAGAGAGCCCCACUUCACCUGCGCCUCUGACGGCAUGACCUACUACAACAAGUGCUACAUGGACGCAGAGGCCUGUUCCAAGGGUAUCUCUAUCUCUGAGGUCACCUGCAGGUAACAUGUUAAGUAUUUUAGAUCUCUACUAUCUGUUUGUGCUGCUGCUGAGGACAGGUAAAGUCUUCAACCAAUCAGUCAGAGCAAAAACUGUUUACAACCCCGAAAAGGUUCGGAGCCAAAAAGAUUUUCAAUCAUUUAAUAAACCUCAUGAUUUUAAAGCAGACCACAAAUCAGCUGUGAAGACCAAGAGUACCUGCUGUGAGCUUCAUGAGGCCCAGAGAAUCCAUGAUCUCCAAAAGGAGGGCCAGAUUUUGAUUGGUCAGACCACCUCAGUCCACCUUAAAGGGAUAUUCGGGCGUAAAAUUAAUUUAGGGUCAAACUCACCGUAACUCCGAGUUAGACCCCCCUCCAGAGAUGAAUGUUCCCGACUGCUUGCUUCUCUAGUUAUACCAACUACCAAUCAAAUACCAACCAAAACACCACUCUAUAGCCACAAAUAAUGCUCAGAACAGCACCUAACUGAGACCUGAGACCUCAGGCCGGUCCAUUACGGACUACAGCGGGGUGCCGCAGCUCAAGGAAGAACAUUUAUGAUCAUUUCUUCAUGGAAAUACAAUCAGACCGAGACGCUAAGACAGAAGAACUACCGCGUCUGUAAAAUGAUUAAUAUGGUGAUUAUUACUUAAAGGAAAUGAUAAAGAAAUGAUCAUAAAUGUUCUUCCUUGAGCUGCGGCACCCCGCUGUAGUCCGUAAUGGACUGGCCUCAGGUCUCAGGUCUCAGUUAGGUACUGUUCUGAGCAUUGUUUGUGGCUACAGAGUGGCGUUUUGGUUGAUAUUUGAUUGGUAGUUGGUAUAACUAGAGAAGUAAGCGGUCGGCAACAUUCAUCUCUGGAGGGGGUCUCUAACUCGGUGUUAUGGUGUGUUUGACCCUAAAUUAAUUUUACGCCGGAAUAUCCCUUUAAAUAGGCUCAGGUUCAGAGAAGUCUCAAAUGUUUCUGGUUCUGUCCGGUCUCCUCUUUCAUGGUUCGGUUCUUAAGCCUCAUUCACAGACUGUGAUUCCGAGCCCAUGCGGUGAUUCCCACUCCAGAGUCCUGUCUGUUUUUAAUGCCGGAGGGCCUGAAGGUUUUGGUCCUGGUCCCCAGAUUUCUCCAGGUUCUCUGGAUCUUUGUCCCGGUUCGGUUCUUUCUUUAAAACUUUCGCGAUCACACGUUUCCGUCUUCACCUCUGGUUUGUGUGUUUUUGCUGAUUGAACAUUUGAAAAAGCGUCUGAACCUUUUUGGAGUUGUCUUAGUUCCAGGAGAAGAUCCUGGACCUGGACCCUCUGCUCUGAAUAACUCAUUUCUUCCUCACCUUACCUACAGGUACCACCUGACCUGGCCAGACACCAGUCCAAACCCAGAAGAGACCACCUUACAUCCCACCACCGCCCUCCAGACCACCCUCCCUGCUGACAUCCAGCUCCCCUCCAUCCACAGCGGCCCCUCCCAGCAGGCCGUGUUUGUCGGUGAGACCGCCAGCUUCCUGUGCGAGGUAUCUGGGAAACCUCGUCCAGAGGUCACCUGGGAGAAACAGCUGAAGGGCAAAGAGAACACCGUCAUGAGACCCAACCAUGUCCGAGGGAACGUGGUGGUCACCAACAUCGGUCAGCUGGUCAUUUACAACGCUCAGCUCCAGGACGCCGGCAUCUACACCUGCACGGCGAGGAAUGUGGGCGGCAGCGUGUCGGCGCACUUCCCCUUGGUGGUGAUCAGGAAAGAGGCGAAGGGUAAAGCCGCCGACGGGAACAGCACCAACCUGCCGUUUCCUGCCGAAGAGUGCCUGAAGAGUCCGGACACCGACGACUGUGGCGAGGAGAGCAUCAGCUGGUACUACGAGCCCAAGAGGAACAACUGCUUCACCUUCACCUACAGCCAGUGCAACAAGAACCGGAACCACUUCGACUCCUACGAAGCCUGCAUGCUGUCGUGCGGAGGCGAUCUGGCGGCUCCCUGCAGCCUCCCGAGCCUCCAAGGACCCUGCAAAGCGUACGAGCCGCGCUGGUACUACAGCAGCACCCUGAAGAAGUGCCAGUCCUUCGUGUUCGGCGGCUGCGGCGGAAACGAGAACAACUUUGAGUCCAAAGAGGCGUGCGAGGAGAUGUGUCCUUUUCCAAAGAACCACAACUGCAAGAUGUGCAAACCUCGAGGGAAGAUGGUCAACAGCUUCUGCAAGAGCGACUUUGUGAUCCUGGGCCGUGUGACGGAGCUGACGGAGGAGCAGGAGUCGGGCCACGCCUUGGUGACAGUGGAGGAGAUCCUGAAGGACGAGAAGAUGGGUCUGAGGUUCUUCGGUAAGGAACCUUUGGAGGUGACUCUACUGAACAUGGACUGGAACUGCCCCUGCCCCAACAUCACCACCGCUAACGGGCAGCUCAUCAUCAUGGGGGACGUUCACAACGGCAUGGCGGUGCUGCAGCCCGACAGCUUCGUGGGCGCCUCCAGCUCUCGCAAAAUCAGGAAACUGCGCGAGAUCGUCCACAAGAAGACCUGCGAUUUCCUGAGAGAUUUCUCUGCGGUCCAAUAGAGUCUCCUUAAAGUCACGGCGGCGUUGUUCUUGAUGGUUCUGAUCUCAGCGACCUCACCAGUCUGACCCACUGACUGUAAACAAACCAAAACCAGAACCUGGACCUUUCAUGUGUAAGGUGAACCCCUCUCUCUCCCUCCGUCUGGUGGUCUGAAGGUCUCAGCAGGGUCUCAGUACAUUUACUCACGUUACUGUGUACUUGGACUUGUGUAAGUAGUUUUUGAAUCAGCUCUCUAUUACUCGAAUAUUUAAAGUUUUAGCCGAAGUUACCCAGUAAAAAUAUCAACAGCUGAUUGGACGGUGAAAACGCUCGAAUAUAAACGAGUGAAUUUGUUUUUAAAAUAUCUCCUUUUACUUUCUUUACGCCACAAAAAAGAUCUGGUUUUAGUUUGAAAUGAAUCUUGUUUAAAGCUCCUGUGAGGAAUAUUUGAUUGUUUUGAUUUUGGCGCCCCCUGUGGCCAUAGCAAAUAGUGCAGUUGGUGCGGACAGAUGUCAGUACUCUCUUUAUUUCUCUGUAAUUCUCUCGUUAAAGCUAAAGUACUUUAAAGCUCCUGUGAGGAUCUUUUGGUUUAUGUAAGGUUUAGCGCCCCCUGUGGACAAAAAACUCCUUGCAUUUGUAAUUAUUGUGAGUUUUAAGUACAUUUAAAUUCUUAAAUACUGGACAAACAGGUAGUUUUACUCCUACUUAAGUACACCAACAUUGAGGUAGUUGUUGUUUUAUUUGAGUUUACUGAGUUUUAGUGAAUCUCCGUAUAAACUUUGAUUCAGACGUGUCUGUGCUGCUCCUCAAACUGAAAUAAAAACACACGUAUGAAGGACAGACUUAUAGAGCUCUGUCUGGAACAGGACAGAUAGUAUUCUGGUUUACCCCUCGAGUAUAAGUAUUUAACCUGUGUACUUUCUCAGCUGAAUAAUAAUAGACUGUCUCUCCAUGAAUGCUCUCUGAUAGUUUAGUUAGCUGUCGCUCCAGGGCUGCCAAGUUUCAGAAAAUGACAAGAGUGAGACUUCGGCGUUAUGACGAGUUCAGCGGCGAAAAAAUUUUUUUUUUUCCUUUUUUAACGUGGAUUUAUACCUUAAGACUGACGUCAUCACCUCCACGCCAGCUGCUCUCCCAAUGCUCGUCUUAACUGUAACAAGAAUUUUGACAAAAUACAUUUCGGCUACGUUUACAUCCGACCUAUACGUCAUCAAUAUGCGACAAACGUCACCAUUGUUCGACAACACAAACAGGCGCUGAAAGCAAUUUGUGCUUUGUGCACAUGCGUUCACAUAGGAUGCCGCAUUUGUUGUUGUAAUGUUAAAGACCGCACAAAAAGAUCGGAUUUAACAAAAAAUCCGAACUGUGCAUCAGAACCUGCAGUGUGAACGUAGCCUUAUUUGUCGAUAUUGCGUUACGUCGAGUGGGUUUUAAAUGUCGGCGCUGUUGUGUGUGAAAGAGAGAAAGAGACGCCAAGACCACCCCCCAAAAAAAUCUCAGCGUUUCAGUUACCAAGUCGGAAAAAAGCAAAAACAAGACGGCUACAUCUACAAGUUAUUUUGAUGCUAGUCAUGUCCGGAUAUGAAGCAAGUGCUAAAAUAGCUUUUGUAGAUGUAGCCAUCUUGUUUCCACCUCCGAUUUUGUUUUUUUUUUUGCCUUGGUAACCAGGUGUGACGUCAUUUUCAGCUUUGACAUUGGACUUGCGAAGUAACUCAAACGCGGCAUCUGGCACAAAGGACUGGUCUGGGAUUGGUUAUCUCAGUCAGCCAAUCAGAGUUACUUGAACUACGGCGAGCCACGUUUAUUAUCAUGAAAAAAGUAAAUACAGAGUAUUGAACGGGGAAAAAUAAGCGUGAAAAAUGUCAAGUGUGGCGUGUGGCGUGAGAGCCGGUCAAAUGGCGUGACUGUCACACUCAAAGCGUGAUGCUUGGCAGCUCUGUAGCUCUCUCAUAGAUCAGUUAGCGUUAGCGCUCAUGAUUCCUGUCUUCACCUCGUUUUUCUCUCGGUCUUAAAUCUGACCGAGUCUUUUGAUGCCGAGUUCAGACUCGGUACCAGAACCCAAUAAGCUCUUUGGUUCCUCGUUUUCCACGUCAGGAACCUCCUUGAUAAUUUACAAAACAUGUAUGUGAAGCUCUGCUCUUUGUAUUUAUUGUCCUUGAUUGAUCUCUGAUUGGGCAGCAGCCAGAGUAGAUCUAUGUGGAUGUUAUCUAUGCUAGACUAGAGUUCAUCUAACUUUUGUUGACGAUGAUGAAAAUGAAUAAAAACUGAUUUGGACCAACGAGGACUCAUGUUUCUGCUCCUCUCAUGUGUGCUGCUUCUCCACACACACACACACACACACACACACACACACACACACACACACACACACACACACACACACACACACAC